AUGGCCGUCGACGAGCAAAAGCUUGCAGAGUCUAUCAAUUCGCAGAUCGAACAUGAUAAAGGAAAGCAUAACAAUGGCAAGAAGAAGCAUGGGAAGUCUCAGAAAAAUGGCGGCAAGGGUUCAAAAGUCAGUGCAGAACACAUUGCUGAGGUACGUGCGCAGCGUGAACAGGCUAAAAAGGCUAAACGGGACGCAAUGAUUGCUAAAGGCCUGGACCCGGACUGUCCUCCGGACCUGCGAUUUAUUCGCAGGCCAAUGCUGUCAAUCGUGCCUAAAGGUACACCAAGCACUGGCUUUUCGUUUCGUCUCAUGACAUACAAUUGCCUUGCUCAGGCCUUGAUCCGUCGCAAGCUAUUUCCCACUAGUGGAAAUGCGCUGAAAUGGUUCAAACGUUCGCAAGUUCUCCUUCACGAGUUCAAGUACUAUAAUGCCGAUGUCCAGUGUCUACAGGAAGUAGACUACAUUCAAUACCAGUCUUUUUGGAAGGAUGAGUUUUCAAAGCUGGGCUACGACUCCCAAUUUCACCGGCACGGAACUAAAAAUCAUGGCAUUGCAAUAGUUUGGAAGCGCGAGCUUUUCACAAUGUCGGACAAGAUGCUUGUGGAUUACGACCAGGAGGUUACAGGGCACAUCAGUCCGAGAACCACGACCAAAAAUGUAGGUUUGGUAUUGGCAUUGAAUUUUACUCAAAAAGUACUCGACCAAUUUCCUAACAGCAGCAAGCGCGGCAUUCUUGUUGGUACUACUCAUCUGUUCUGGCAUCCAUUUGGAACAUUUGAAAGAACACGUCAAUGUUACAUAGUUCUUGCAAAAAUGAAGGAGUUUGAGCAUCGAGUCAAGCUGCUUCAAAACUCAGAUGGAGCGCAGGGCGAGUGGACGCCCUUCUUCUGUGGAGACUUCAACUCACAGCCUUUCGAUGCACCUUAUCUUUCGAUGUGCUCGAAGCCCGUCGAUUACAAAGGCCGUGCAAGAACUGUCAUUGAAUGUAGCACGUCCUACACGUUUUCAAAAGCUCGCGAUGGGGAAGAAUGUGGUGAUGAAGAAGGCGGAAAUAUUGAAAAGUUUGGUGACGGUCAGCCGGAGCAUCCAGUGCCCUCUGAAUUUCAUGCAAACGAUGAACAGAAAAAAUUGGUCGAAGACAUGGAGUCACUUCAUAAUAGUAUUGAUAUGAGGGCUACGUCCAUCUACUCUGCUGCGUAUAAACAUGUUCAUGUGGAAAACGCAGGAUUGGACAACGAUUUCAACGAACCAGAAAUAUCUAAUUGGGCAGAAACUUGGAGAGGACUUCUAGACUACAUAUUCGUCAUACGAAAGUGGGACUACUCAGACAGAACAGUUCCUGAUGACAUAGAAAAUCUUCAAAAGGAUGCCGACAUUAGAAUCAGGAGCUUGUUACGAAUGCCCUCUUCAAGAGAAAUGCCAGAUCACGGACAGCCACACGAAGGAGAAUACGGGAGUGACCAUCUGUCGAUGAUGUGCGAAAUUGAGUUAAAUAUGUAG